AGCAAGAUCACCAUGGAAUUACUUGUUAAAGCAAACACCCAGUUUGCCUAUGAUAUAUUCCAAGAGUUUUUAAAAUUAAAGAAGGACAACAUCUUCUACUCCCCGAUCAGCAUGUCAUCAGCAUUAGGAAUGGUCUUCUUAGGAGCCAGAGGAAACACUGCACUAGAAUUCCAGAAGACCCUUCAUUUGGAUGCAGUCACAGAGUGUACAGCAGAGACAACUGCAACACGUCACGAAGAAAAGUCAGAAAUUGUACAUCACCAAUUUCAAAAGCUUCUCACUGAAUUAAACCAACCCACUGAUGCCUAUGAGCUAAACAUCGCCAACAGGCUCUACGGGGAAGAGACUUAUCAGUUCCUUCAGGGAUAUUUGGAUGACAUUAAGAAAUUUUACCUAACUACUGUGGAAUCUGUUGAUUUUGCAAAUGCUCCAGAAGAAAGCCGAGUGAAGAUUAAUUCAUGGGUAGAGAGCCAAACAAAUGAAAAAAUCAAGGACCUGUUUCCUGAUGGGACUAUUAGCAAUAAUACCGCACUCGUUUUGGUGAACGCAGUCUACUUCAAAGGACAGUGGGAUCAGAAAUUUAAUAAAGAAAGAACUGAAGAAGCAGAAUUUUGGCUGAAUAAGGAUACAAGCAAAUCUGUGCAAAUGAUGAAACAAAGUGAGUCAUUUAAUUUUGCCUCUCUGGAAGAUGUGCAAGCCAAAAUUCUGGAAAUCCCGUACAAAGGCAAAGAUUUAAGUAUGGUUGUGCUGCUGCCAAAUGAAGCAGAUGGCCUGGGACAGCUUGAAGAUAAACUCACUUCUGAAAAGUUAAUAGAGUGGAUGAGCUCCCAGAAUAUGAACAAGAGGCAGGUGGAUUUAUGCUUACCCAAGUUCAAAGUGGAAGAGAGCUAUGACCUCAAGGCCACACUGGAAGCUAUGGGGAUAGUGGACGCCUUCAGUCCACAAGGUGCUGACCUCUCCGGCAUGACCGGGAGCCGGGAUCUCGUGGUGUCUAAAAUUAUGCACAAGUCCUAUGUGGAGGUGACUGAGGAGGGAACGGAGGCUGCAGCUGCCACUGGUGCACUUGCUGUUCCAAUGUCAAUGCCAAUACGUGAAAAUUUCUGUUGUAAUCGCCCUUUCCUGUUUUUCAUUAGGCACAAUAAGACCCAAAGCAUCCUUUUCUUUGGUAGAGUUUCUUGCCCUUAA